UACAUAAUUCAAAAUUAUUUAACAACCAAAAAAUAAUUUUUUACGUUAAAAAAUUUACAUCAAUAUUUAUGAAUAUAAAUUUCUAAAUUUUUUUAUUUCUUUUGACUAUUUACUAUAUUAUUUAUUUGACUAUUUACUUUGACUCCAUUGGUGCUGUAUUUCACACUUGUGUAUGUGUAUGUGUAGUACGUGAUUUGUUUCCUGCGUGUACAGUUGUGUUUGUUUUGUGUUAAAACAAAACAUUAAUGUUUUUGAUUAAAAAGAAUUUAAUUCACUAAAUAAUUUACAUUUAAUUAGUUCAGUAACGAGAAACUAAUAUAUGUUAUGUGUACAAUUAAGUAAUUCACCUUAAAAUGCUCUUUAUAAAUAUAGAUUUUUAAUUCUAUACUUUUAGAGUAUACUAUAUUAUUUAAUUAAAAAUUGAAUAUAUAAAUACAUAUUUUAAUUAAAGACUAACCUGAAGCAAAGAAUGAGGAAUUUUUGAUUUCGCAAAAAUGUCAUUUUCAUCUACACUCGUUGAAAAGCAUCAGUUCGAUUCGCAUUCCGAGGAUAAUCACAAAGAUUCUGUAAAUUUAAUAAAAAAGACACGUUCACAGUCAAAUGAACAAAUUAAAAAUGCAAAUAGAGGACAAAUUGAUGUUAUUAAAAUGUCCGAGGAUAUUUCUCACUAUAAAUAUCUAUUUGUUUAUGAAGAUAGAAUAUCAAGAUAUAUUGUUUUAAAAGCAUUACAAAGUAAUAAUCCAAAAGAGGUGGCAAUAAAACUUUUAGAUGUUAUGACAAUAAUUGGUGUUCCUGAAAUUUUACAAUCGGAAAAUGGUGAAAAUUAUGCUAAACAAAUUUUAAAUGAACUAUUUAAUUUGUGGAAUAAUUUGAAAAUAAUUUCCGAUGAUAUUGUAAAAUUUAAAAAUGAAAGAAAUUUUCCAACUAUCAUUAAAUCUUGGUUGACAAAAAAUCCCCAUAAAACAUGGAUUGAAAGUAUCAAAUUUAUUCAAGUAAUGGAAAAUGCAACAUUUUCUACUGAAAAUAAUAAAUAUCCAUAUGAAUCAUAUUUUAAAAGAAAUAUUUUUGAUGAUUUUUAUUCAAAUGAUAGAGAAAUAAAAAGCAGUGAGUCUCUAACAAGAAAAUUUAAAUCGGAAAUAGAUAUUCAAGAUGAUAAUUCAUCUAUUUCAGAUGAUCACGAUUUUGACGAUCAAAUUAACAAUGAGAAUACCGAAACAAUUGAAAAUUCAUCGAUAAAACAUUCGAAAAGAAAUUUGACAACAGUAAAAAUCGAAUCAUUGGGAAAUGAUUCAGAUGAAGUCGAUAAAUUAAUUUCUUUAAGAAAAACAAGAAACAAUCAUACAUUUAAAUGUAAAUUUUGUCCAAAACAAUUUACAAUGGCGGGACAUUUAGCAAAUCAUUUGAAAUCGCACAAAAAAUCAAUUGAUUGUUUAAAGUGUUCAAAAAAAUUUCGCACUCAAGCCAUUUAUAAAAAUCAUGUACAAGAAUUUCACAAUGAAAUUUCCACUGACAUUGAUAUUGAAAAUUCACUCGACGAACAAAAAGUGAAAAUUGUUUCAAAAAAAAUUGCUAUUUCAGAAAAAUUAUUCGAAUCUCAUGGGAAAAAAUUGAAAAAAUUGAAAUUAAACGAAACACUUGAAUGUAAUUAUUGUGGUCAAAAAUUUGAAUUUCCAAGUGUAUUAAAAAGACACAUUCGUUCACAUACAAAUGAAAGGCCAUAUAAUUGUGAAAUUUGUAAUAAAAGUUUUAAACAACACGGUCAUCUUAAUCAACAUUCAAUAACGCACACUGAUUACAGAUCAUUACAAUGUAAUCAAUGUGGUGUUAAAUUUGAAUCUCUAGAUGCAUUAAAAAUACAUUCGGAAAUUCAUCCUUAUGAUUCGUCAAUGUCGUCGUUUCUUAAAAAAAACAUUAAUCUAACAAAACCUCGUCUUUUCGACUGUGAUAUUUGCAAAAAAGUAUUCACCACCAAAAGUGUUUUAAAAAGACAUAUUUUAACACACACACAAGAACGACAUUAUGAAUGUGAUAUUUGUGGUAAACGAUUUAAACAAUCAGGACAUGUGAAAUCUCACAUGUUGGUUCACACUGGUGAACGACGAUUUCAAUGUGCAAUUUGUUCAAAACGCUUUAGUUUAGCGAAUUCAUUAAAAAAACAUAUGUACAUACACAAUGGCGAUAAACCAUAUCAAUGUGAUAUUUGUGGUGCAAGAUUUUUAGAAAAAAGAAAUUUCAAUGGCCAUCUAUUGACACACACUAAUGAAAAGCCAUUUGUUUGUAAAAUUUGUGGUAAAAAAUAUACACUCGCCGAUACAUUAAGACGACACGUGAGUGCAGCACACGAAAAUGGUAGAACAUAUCAGUGUGAAAUUUGUGCAAAAAUGUUUAAACAAUUGGCGCAUUUGUCAGUUCAUAAAAAAGUUCACACCGAUGAACGUCCAUUUCAAUGUCAUUUGUGUGAGAAAAAUUUUAAACAUAAAAAUGUUUUAAAAUCACAUUUGGCAAUUCAUGCCAAUGUACGUCCAUUUGAAUGUGAUGAAUGUAAAGCGACAUUUGUUAGAAAAACAAAUCUUCAAACGCAUAUUGCAUCGGCGCAUAUGAAUGAAAGACCAUAUACGUGUAAUAUUUGUGGGAAAAAAUUUAAACAAGUUAGUCAUUUAAAUGGACAUAUUAUUGUGCAUAGUAAUUCUAUGCCAUAUCAAUGUGAUUUUUGUGAUCGACGAUGUAAUCGAUUGGAUAAUUUAAAGAAACAUAUGAGAAUUCAUACGAAAACAACAAAAGAGAUUGAUAAUGUAUUAAUUAUUGGUGGAGGGACAAAUUUCAAUUCUCAAAUUGGUCAUGUGUAAAAAAUUUUCAUCUAAGUAUCAGUGAAAACAAAAUAUAGUUAUUGGUAUAUUUAUAAAUGAGAGAAAUUUUGUUUAAAUUAUAGAAAAUUUUUCAUCUUUUACAUUAUAAUUUUACAUAAUGAAGUAAAUUCUUCUUUAUUAAAGCCAGUAAUAAUAGAUGAGAAGGAUGAAAACGUAUUUUAGCCUGAUGCCAUUUUUUAUUUAAAAAUUGGGGCAUAUGAUUUUUUCAUAAAAAUCAUUCAUUAGAAUCUUCAUUUUAAAGUAUUUUAUUUGAAAUAAUUAUCUUUUAGACGAAUUUUCAAAUUAAAAUUUGACAUAUUUUCUUUUUAUAUGAAUUUUUAUUUGAUAAAAUUUUUAGCUACCGAAUUUUUCGUUUGGCAGAAUUUUUAUUUUACUGUCAUUUUAUUUACAUAAGUUUUUAUUUAAAAGAAUUUGUAUUCAGUCGAAUUUUUAAGAUGCCGAAUUUUUAUUUGUCCAAAAUUACAAAUUUUCGAAGAAAAAAUCGACAGAAAGAGAUUUUGGCGCAAUUUUUAAAAUUGACAAAUUAGAAAUUAUUAAGAAAAUCGUGUAUGGUUAAUUUUAAAAAUUGCGCCGAAUUCUCCUUUUUGUAAAUUUUUUGUUCGGACAUUUGUCAUUUCGGACAAAUGAAAAUUCUGUUAAAUUAAAAUUCUUUUAAAUAAAAAGUCAUGUAAAGAAAAUGACUGUAAAAUAAAAAUUUGAUAGCUAAAAAUUUUGUUAAGUAAGAAUAAUGAGAAAAUCUGUCAAAUUUUAAUUCAAAAAUUGAAAAUUUGUAAAAAAAAAAAAAAAUUAUUUCUAAUAAAAUUCUUUAAAAUGAAGAUUCUAACGAAUGAUUUAUAUGGGAAAUUCAUGCGCCCCUAAAUAUGGGGAUUUCUUAAUCGCUCGAGUCAGAAAUUAAAAUUUUUUGUUAUUAAUUUCAUAAUUUUGGUAAAUUGUUGUUCUAUAUGAAAGUAAAAAAUCCCUAAAACAUUAAAUAAUUUCUAUUUAGCUGAUAUGAAAAAAAAAACCCUCAACUUUCGACUGAAAAUAAAAAAUUUAUUUUCACAAUUCCUAAAUGUAUAAAAGUUGAAAAAUAAGAGUAAAUUUUGAGAAAAGUAAAGAUAAAAAAUUAUUUCUGAAAAAAAAGUUCAAAAUUCCUAUUUUAAAUUUAAAUCUAUAGUUUUGUCGUAGUUAUAUUAAUUUCAAUAUGACAGUGUCACUUAAAACGUAAAUAAUUCUACCACCACUACUUUCUACAAAUUUUUUUUAAAUCAGCUAAUAUUUCAGGCAUUUUUUACUUUCAUAAUUAUUAACAAUUUACCGAAUUCGGUCCAAUAACUUUCAUUAUUGUUAACAAAAAAAAUUACCAGUAAAAGUAUGAGUAAUUUUAUUAUUAACAUUUUGAAUUAUUAAAAAUUACAUUUGAAUAAAGAUUAAAAAUUUCUUACUAUACAAAGAAAUAAUAAUUUUUAAAUUUUAUGUUGAACAUAAAUUGAGACAAGAAAUUGUAUAAUUUUUAUUAAAAUGCAAAUUUUAAUGGUUCAAAAUUUUAAAAAAUUCGAAAAGUUGGACUAACUUUUUGUUAAAAUUAUUUGUCUGAUAUUUCAAUGAUUUUUUUUUCUAAAAACAGGCCACAAUUACGGGGCGCAUAAUUAUCCCAUAAAAAUCAUUAGUUAAAAUUUUCAUUUUAAAAAAUUUUAUUAGAUAUAUAAUUAUUUUUUAGACGAAUUUUUAUUUUUCCAAUUAACAUUUGACAGAAUUACUUUUUAAACAAAUUUUUACUUAAUAUAAUUCUUAUAAUAUCGAAAUUUUCAUUUGGCAGAAUUCUUAAAACGCCGAAUUUUUAUUUGUCCGAAAUUGCAAAUGGCCGAACAAACAAUCGACAGAAAGAUUUUGGCGCGAUUUUUAAAAUCAACCAAUCACAAUUUUAUGGAUAAUUUUUGAUUGGUUGAUUUUAAAAAUUGCGCCAAAAUCUUUCUGUCGAUUGUUUGUUCGGUCAUUUGCAAUUUCGGACAAAUGAAAAUUCGGCGUUUUAAGAAUUCUGCCAAAUAAAAUUUCGGUGCCAAAGAAUUCUGUUAACCCUUUAAGGACCAAAUGUACAAAAAUUUUGCCUAAAGUUUGGCAAUUUUUUAAACCAACUAAACGCAUUAAGAAAAAAUUCGCAAUAUACGUUUGUUAUGGUCCAGGAACCACUCUUUCAAGUGGUGCAACUAAAAAAAAACCGUAAAUUUAAAAUUAAACAAAUUACAGAUAAUUAUUUAUAAAAAAACAUGAAUUUUCAAAGUUUUUUUCUUUACUUAAGAAUUUUUUUGGGCAAUGUACCAUUUUAAAAUAUCUUCCCGAGGUACAAAUAUCGCGUCAAAAAAGUUCAAUAUUUGACAU